AUGAAUCAGCAACAGGAAGACAUCAUGAGUGAACAUUAUUUUGGUGGACUGUAUGGAGAUACAGAGAAGACCCUUGACAACUCUAUGGCUGAUGCCCAAAUGGAUGUGGUACCCACAGAGCCCACUGAGCUUACUGCUUUCUUGCUGACUCUGGAGUAUCACCUCCUGAUCCUUCAUGGUGAUCUGAAGAAAACUCCUUUGAGUAAUGCUGACUUUUCAUGGUUCACUGAUGGUUCUUAUUUAAAAGGUGACAACGCUAUUAUUAAGAUCCCAGGGAAUUCUAAAUUUGACUCUCUGGAAGCUAAAGGGAAUCACCUUGCUGAUAGUUCUUCAAAGAAUGCUAUCUUAAAUGAACCAACAGCAGCCAAACUUCUGUCACGGUCCAAAGAUAACUUAGAAAAACUGGCUAGAGAAGCCAAACAACCAGCCUCAGAAAAGGAAAAAACAAGUACAACACCAGAAGAAAUCAUAGAGAAGAGGAACACAACCUCAGACUUCAUUCUUCUAGGACUCUUUAAACACACAGGACUCCACCUCUUUCUCUUCAUGUUGGUGCUGACAAUGGCCAUUGCUUCUUUAGUGGGCAAUGCCCUCUUGCUUCUCCUGAUUUACUGGGAUCCGUGGCUACACACACCCAUGUACUUCCUACUGAGCCAACUCUCCCUCAUGGACUUGAUGCUGGUUGCCACCAUUGUGCCCAAAACGGCUGCUGACUACUUGACUGGCAAGAAGUCCAUCUCCCCUGCUGGCUGUGGGUUGCAGAUCUUUGUUUCACUCACAUUGGAUGGUGGAGAGGGUUUUCUCUUAGCAGCAAUGUCUUAUGACCGCUUUGUGGCUGUUUGCCACCCACUGCGAUACCCUGUCCUCAUGAGCUGGCAGUUAUGCUUGAGAAUGACUUUGGGGUGUUGGUUCCUGGGGGCAGCUGAUGGGAUCAUGCAAGCUGCUGCUACCCUGAGCUUCCCAUUUUGCAGCGCUCAUGAGAUUGAUCAUUUCUUCUGUGAGGCCCCCAUGCUGGUGCGUUUGGCUUGUGCCAACGCAUCAUUCUUUGAAAAUGUAAUGUAUAUCUGCUGUGUGUUAAUGCUUCUGGUCCCCUUUUCCCUCAUCUUGACUUCCUAUAGUCUCAUCCUCUCUACUGUUCUCCAGAUGCAUUCUAGAGAAGCCAGCAAGAAGGCUUUUGUUACCUGCUCCUCACAUUUGGUUGUGGUGGGAUUCUUUUAUGGAGCUGCUAUUUUUAUUUACAUGAGACCGAAAUCUUACAGGUCAGCUAACCAUGAUAAGCUUGUGUCAGCAUUCUAUACUAUCUUCACCCCUGAGCUGAACCCCCUCAUUUAUAGUCUGAGGAACAGUGAGGUCAAAGUAGCCUUGAAAAAGUGGCUGGGGAAAUGUGCAAAUUUAAAAUGCCAGCAAGCUUAGUCCCACUC